AUGAAUCCCUACACCGUCUACAAGGACGAAUGCGAGAUCCUCUGUGUCAGCAGUGCCCAAACCGACCAGAUUGCAAAACUCCUCAAUUCAUGCGUCAAGCAGGCAUUUUUGAAGCCUGCUGCAGCAUUUCCUCUUCACCCUAGCAGUGGACUUCCCUGCAUCAGCACUAGGGAACCCUCUGACUCAGACCCAGACUCGUCUGAUGAAUCUUAUCCAGACGAGUUACCAGAAGACUCGAACCAUAGCUCUGAAGAUUCAUGCGAAGGGCUUUUGGACAACAUGUUUCUGGCAUGUGAUGCCAGCUCUCCCACUGUGAUCACCAUCUUCUUUCUCCCUACUGCCAUUGUUUUCUCCAAGCAAAGUAUGCAGGCACAGGAUAAUGACAACUUGGGCGAUCCACAUUUCCAUGACCAACUUCAAGAUGGGUUUUUCUUGUCAUCAGGCUAUGAUGGAUUCACAGAUGGAAUUACAGGUUCGAACAAUAAUGACAUGUCUCCAAUCUCAAGAUUUCUCCAUAUCACAGACCCACAAUACGCGACAACUACUGGUAGUCUACCACAGUCGCUAACGGAUGAGGGUGCUGCGCCAUCAUCUAGCUCUAGCAUACCCACCUCCGGGCCAUCGUCUACCAGCAAACCACUUGACGCUGGCGAUAACAUCCACCCUUUCAUUCCUUACUCAGCCCAACUCGACUCAUUCUACCAUCCACCAGUUCCCCAGUUGCCGGCAGAGUCAUCACAGCCUGAGCAUCCUGAGAGACAAAGGCGCCCUCGACCCUCCGUCACACCAUACUUCAUACCUGAGCCCAGAGUUUCUCGGACGUCUCAGCCCACAACCACAACGGCUGCCCUCGAGACCAUGCAGCCUGCGAUGGCCCCUAUCACUAUUCCCGCUGCUGUGCAGCCAGCUACGCCCGCCCUUGUCGUCAUUAACGUCAGGCCCGAUGUGAAAAAACAGAUUGUAGAUUGUGCAAAACGCAGAAUCUCAAGAUUUGUCUUGACAACGUUUGCAAUGGCUGGUACUGAUGAUGAGAAGGCGGCACUUGUUUCUCUCGCGAUUUCAGAGGCGACAUCUGUGCCGGGUAUGAACGUUACUAUCAAAACAACAAGUAAUCAACGUCAGCAAGUGACAGUCGCGUGGAACAACACUUUUCGCAAGCUAUUGGCCAUGGUACGGAGUUGUCUCGCCUUGGGCUAUAGUUUCUACCCCCCAGUAGACUCCAGUCUCAUGCCGAUCCAAUUUCAUGGUCGUGUCAUAACAGCGUUGAUCAACGAUACUCGUAACCCGUUAGCCUUCAUGCAUAAAUUUACAGUCGAUGCAGAUGGGAAUGUCACCAUCCUUGAUGGGGUUCUUGAUAACCCCUUGAUAUUUCACAUCGCUAUCCAUUUCAUAUGGUGCAGUGACCUCGGCAUCUCAGAAUUCCUCUCCACCUCGACGUCAGACCGACUCCAACAACUCAACUAUGCCAUCGCCACUAUUGGAGCAGUUGUUAAGUUAGUGCUGCGGGAGCAGAUUCCUCAUCCACCAGUCAUCCUGCCAUUCACGCAACAUGAGGGGAGUGAGACAUUUGAUGACAUCAUGCACCAUAUCGGUAACUUGGACCACAUCCAGAAAAUCGUGUUCGACUAUCAGAAAUCUCACAUGCUAAAUGUUGGGGACUCGCAGGUCUCGUCCACCAAUGUACUAGCUCAACUUGACAUGAUGAUGGCUAGGGUAGAGUAG